UUUUAGUUUGAGCUAUAGUAGCAAAAAAAACUUUAUAUGCCAAUGCCAAUUUUUUUGACCGAUCAAUUUGGCAGUCAAGAGAUAUCAAACUGUAGGUCAUUCUGUAAUGUUGUGUUGGAUUUUUUUUUUUAAUCAGCCAACACUAAUUGUGAAAAUAUUUUUUGCUUGUAGCUCAAUCAUUUGUUUUAAAUUAUCUAUCAAAAUAUAUAUCUCUAUGCUUCAGCAAUUAAGUCAUAUCAAAGUUUGCAUUGUAAAUAAUGUUCUGCGAUUGAGUUUUGUAAAUAUUUCAGUAAAUAAACUAGUUCCGCUGAUUUUUUGUAAAUUUUAAGCCUUUCAAAUGUUUAGAAAUUUUUGAAUGUCACAGUUUCUCUGCUGAUUUCCUGUUUAGUUGUUAUUCAGCAAUUAGUUCAAUCUUUGAGAAUUAUUUUUUAACGGGUUGGACGCAAGCGGGGGAAUCUCGAAUCACAGAAUAUUCAAUUGGAAGUUUUCUAUUGUUUUGGUCUUCUGAUAUGCUGAACUGGGGAGUAAGGAACUAUGUGCACGGAAUUAUUUUCUUGGAAGUGUAAGGAAUGUUUUUUUCUACAUUUUGACAAAAAAGAAAGCUUGUAGAAUAACAAACGUGGUUUCAAUUGAAGCCUUUUUUGUAGUGUCUUGUAAUCGGGAACUAUAUUUUUCCUUCAAGCUAUUUUUCUCAAUAAUUUGUAAGAAUCAAGUGCAAUGGGUGACACGUGAAAGUGGCUGACACGCUAAACUGUGUAAUCCAGAAUGGAAAUGGAUUCAACAGAAAGGUACAUGCCUAUGAGAAUGAGGGCUUUGAACACUCAGAGCCGAAGUGCUCCGAUGCCAACCAAGAGAAAGAAGACAAAGAAGAAGCUGUAAAGAAAGUGGGGUUGUUUUCAGUUUUGAGUUACGCCAAGUGUCCGGAGUAUCUUCUUCUACUUGUUGCAGUUUUUGCUUCCAUCGCAAUCGGAGUUGGAAUGCCUCUUUUGAUUAUACUUUUUGGAGAGCUCAUUGACGAGAUGAUUGAGCCAGGAAAACCUGGAUUUGAAAACCAAACCGAUGCGUUUGAGAGGUUCGAGGAUAAAAUGACGGAUGUGUGUUUGCAAAUCACGUACGUGGGGUGUGGAGUUCUGUUGGUCGGCUACAUUCAGAUAGCGACCAUCACAAUUUUCGGCGAGAAUAUUCUCUACCGAGUGAGAAUCGAAAGCUUCAAGGCAGUACUGCGGCAGGACAUCGCCUGGUUUGACAAACAGAAGACAGGAACACUGGUCUCAAAUUUGGCCGAAAAUAUGGAAGUGAUUCGAAUAGGAGUGUCGGACAAGAUAGCCAUCUGCAUCCAGCACCUGGCCACUUUCUGCUCGGGAUUCGUCAUCGCAUUCAUUUACAAUGCCGAGUUUGCCGGAAUUCUCUGUGUGCUGAUCCCGUUCCUCAUAGUUGGCGGAGUCGGAAUGGCAAAAGCAGCAGAAAGCGCAACUUCAGAUGAGCAGGACGACGCUGGAGAAGCAGGCGCGGUUGCGGAAUCCACUUUUUCGGCUAUAAAAACUGUCGUCUCAUUCAGUGGUCAAACCAGAGCCAUAAACAGCUACAACAAAAGUCUGGCUGGUGCAAAAUUUCAGUCGGCCAAGAAGACUAUUCUAAUGGGAGCUUUCUUGGGAUUUGUGUUCCUGGUUGAGUUCAUGGGGUAUGGACUGGCAUUUUGGUAUGGUCCUCGUUUGAUCGAAAGUGGUGAGUUGAAGCCUGGUGAGAUGCUGACAGUGUUCUUUGCAGUUCUGGUCGGGGCUAUGUCUUUGGGACAGUGCAUAACAGCUCUUCUGUCGGUUUGGGCGGUCGGAAAUGCAAUGUCUUUUGUUACGACUAUUAUUAAAAGGAAACCGAUCAUUGACUCUGAAUCUGAAGAAGGAGAGAAGUUGAGUUCGAUCAAGGGGCAGAUGGAGUUUGAAAACCUCAGCUUCGCCUACUCAACCCGAAAGGAUGUGACUGUUCUCAAGAAGUUCAACUUGAGUGUGGCGCCUGGCCAGAAGAUAGCUCUGGUGGGGGCCAGCGGGUCUGGCAAGUCAACCAUUGUGAAUUUGAUCCUACGAUUCUACGAGUACCACCACGGAUCUAUUAAACUAGACGGAAGGGAGCUGAAGAGUCUGAAUGUAAAGUGGCUGAGACAGCAGAUAGGAGUGGUGAGUCAGGAGCCCUCUCUGUUCGCAUGUUCCAUCAAGGACAAUGUGCUCUACGGGCGGGAGGGGGUGACGGACCAGGAGGUGCGGGAUGCGAUUGAGAAGGCAAACGCAAAGCACUUCAUCGAUGGGCUUCCAAAGGGACUUGAAACCUUAGUGGGCGAUCGUGGUUCCCAACUGUCGGGCGGACAAAAACAGCGAAUUGCAAUUGCGAGAGCUUUGGUACGCAACCCCAAAAUCCUACUCUUAGACGAAGCAACGUCAGCAUUGGACAGCUCCAGUGAGGUCAUCGUGCAAGAGGCUCUUGAUAAGGCAUGUGCGGGAAGGACUACAAUUGUAGUGGCUCACAGGUUGUCCACGGUUCGAGACGCGGACUUGAUCGUGGCCAUGGAACACGGAGAAGUGGUCGAGAUGGGAACUCACAAUGAGUUGUUGAAGAAGAAUGGACUGUAUGCAAAUCUGGUGAAAGCGCAGACGUUAAAUGAGGCGGAGUCGUCAGAGGAGAGAGCAGAUGCAGUUGAUGAAGAUGGAGAAGAAGAGGAGAAUGGAGCCCAAGUGACCUAUAAGAAGGAUGAAGUGGCAGUCCACAUCAAGGACGGGAAAGACAAGCAACACGACCACAGUCCCAAGAAGUCUAAGAAAGACAAGAAAAAGAAAGAUGACGAUGAUGGCGAUGAUAAGGAAGAGGAGGAACCGGCGCCGAGUUUUUUAGCGAUUCUGAAGCUCAAUGCCCCAGAGUGGUACCUGCUACUCAUAGCUUGUCUGUUCGCGGUUCCUGCAGCAGGAGGAAUUCCUGUGUAUGGCAUCUUCUUUGGCGAAAUCAUAGAGGUGUUCGCCCUGCCUGUUGACGAAAUUCAGGAGGAGAGUAAUUUCUGGGCCCUCAUGUUCUGCGUGUUGGGCAUGGUGGUGGGAUUCGGAAUGUUUUUCGAGUCGCUGUUCCUGGCCAUGGCUGGAGUUCGAAUGACGGAGCGUCUCAGAUCGCAAUCGUUCAGACAGAUUCUGAGACAGGACAUGGCUUUCUUUGACAAGGAAGAAAACUACGUUGGCCAAUUGACAACACGAUUGGCAAAGGACACCGCACAAAUUCAAGGGGCUUCCGGUUUCAGACUGAAGACCUUAGUGGAAUCAGUGGCGAGUUUGCUAACUGGAGUGGUGGUGGCCUUCAUUUUUGGAUGGCAACUGGCAUUUGUGAUUUUGGCCAUAGUUCCAAUCAUCGGACUCUCCGCAGGAAUCCAAAUGAAGUUUGCCAGCGGCUUUUCAGUUUCAGCUGAAGGUCACAAGGGGGAGGCCCAGAUUGUGACCGAAUCAAUAUCAAGUAUCCGAACUGUCCAAAGUCUCAACCUAGAAAUACGUCUGGCAGAUUUGUUUGUCGUGUCACUCACAAAAUCACACAAGAAAAAUCUCGUGAUGGCCCAUGUGUUUGGAGUAGCCCAGUGUAUCAGCCAGGGCAUGUUCUUUUUCGUGUUUGCGGCCACUUUCAGGUUCUCCGCCUUCCUCAUCACAGAAGGACACAUGAGCUCACCUGACGCUUUCAGGGUCAUAUUCUGUCUGGUGUUUGCUGCUUGGGGAGUGGGGCAGUCAAUGUCUAUGGUUCCCGACUACGAGAAGGCGAGACGUGCUGCCCUUUCGAUCACCAAACUACUCGCAUAUGAGCCCAACUUCGACAACUUAUCAACACAGGGCAAAAGUCAGAGAGGUGAAAUUGGGAUGAUAGAAUUGAAGGAUGUGCACUUCCGCUAUCCAUCGAGGUCCAACGUAAAAAUCCUCCGUGGUAUGAAUCUGAGUGUGAAAAAAGGAACGACAGUGGCAUUGGUCGGACCCUCUGGCUGUGGUAAAUCCACUGUCAUGCAACUGAUCCAGCGCUUCUAUGACGUCGAACACGGAAGUGUUAUGAUUGACGGCCAAGACAUCCGAGAAUUCAACAUCCAGAGUCUUCGACGCAAAAUGGCUAUUGUAAGUCAGGAGCCGACCUUGUUCAACGAGACUAUUGCCAAUAACAUCCGCUACGGUGCACUUACAGAGAACGGCCAGUUCGAGCCCAAACUGAAAUAUGACGAUGUUGUUCGUGCAGCCAAGAAGGCGAAUAUUUGGAAUUUUGUCGAUUCUUUGCCAUUGAAAAUGGAGACAAAUGUUGGGGACAAGGGAACACAGUUGUCAGGUGGUCAGAAGCAGAGAGUGGCUAUUGCCAGGGCUCUAAUGCGGGACCCGGAGAUAUUGUUACUGGACGAGGCCACUUCUGCAUUGGACAGUGAGAGCGAAAAGAUUGUACAACAAGCCCUGGAUGAAGCGCGUAAAGGUCGCACAUGUUUGGUGAUUGCUCACAGACUCACGACUAUUCAGGCAGCCGAUGAGAUUAUGGUGGUCGAUCAGGGCGCUGUUGUGGAGCGAGGCUCCCAUGACCAACUGAUUUCAAAAGGAGGAAUGUAUAAGCAGUUCUGUGAUGCGCAGAGUCUGAAAUCUACUUAAAUAAUUAUCCAAUCUAUCUUCAAAAAUGUUUGUUCACCAAAUAUGUUGAUUAGUGUCAAUGAGCGAACUGAAGACAUUUAUGUCGAGUGACUUUUCUUCACUUUUU